AAUUACCGGCCGGUCAUCAAGAGUGGGGGAAAUACGAUCAUCGGCACCCGCGAGUCUGGAGGGGCCAAGAGGGGUCGCUACAAACCACGAAGAGACGAGAGGAGGGGCAAGAGAGAAGUGUGGCCGGCGUUCAGCGCAUAUAGGUAGUCGUGAGAAGAGUCAGUCGGUGACGGGUAGUGUCUUUAGUGGCGUGGUGAACGAUUGAAUUGAGCCGCUUGUGUUAAAAAAUGAGCUGGCAGGAUUACGUUGACAAGCAGCUGCUCGCGUCUCGGUGUGUUACCAAAGCUGCGAUUGCAGGACACGAUGGCAAUCUUUGGGCAAAGUCUGAAGGCUUCGAAGUAAGUAAAGAGGAGUUGACGAAAUUGGUCCAGGGAUUUGAAGAACAAGAUAUUUUGACGUCGUCGGGUGUCACCUUGGCCGGCAACAGGUACAUUUACCUGUCAGGUACGGAUCGAGUGAUAAGGGCAAAACUUGGAAAAGUUGGCGUCCACUGCAUGAAGACGACGCAAGCAGUAGUUGUCUCUCUUUACGAAGAUCCUAUACAACCACAGCAAGCCGCAUCGGUCGUUGAAAAACUUGGGGACUACCUUGUGUCCUGCGGCUAUUAGGUUAGUAUAUACUAACCUCUGGGACCCAACAUAAAUAUCUAAUAUUAAUAUUAAACGAUCGAUUAUUUUAAUGAACAGCGAAUGGAAUGCGUCAUGCCGCACGAGUCGCGCCGGAACUGCCGCAAGCUUGCCGCGCGACAUUCGAUGAAAAGCAACUACAUCAGCAACAACACCAGCAACACAGCUAUCAUAUUCCAGUCGUCGUUCUCUCCUCUUCGAUUCGGCUGGUCGACGUUCGAGGAACAGACGCAAGCGCUCAUACACAUGCGCAAUAAUUUUUGAAAAAACUCAUAGGCAUUUACUUGAAAAAUGAUCGCGCAAAUUGUAAUCGAUGAGGUGCGGUCUUUUCAUUGUUUUUGUUUCGAUAGUAGCACUUAUGUUUUGAAUUUUUAUUCCAAUGUGUAUUUACAAUCGAGAUGUCAAUAUUAACGACAGAAUUCCAAAAACUUCGAUGAAGAAAAAAGAAAAAAAUGCUUUUUUACAAUUGAAUAAAAAAAAAAGAAUAAAAAAAGAAAUGAAAAAAAUACAAACUAAAAAUACAUGCAGUUUUACAUUUAUACAGCUCCAUAUAAACAAUAAAUAUUUACUUAAAAAGUGAUAGUGAUUGGGGAUAGAUUAAAUAAACAAUCUUUCAUUUGCGAAUGAUCGUGUGUCGAUUCGUCGAUGGAGAGAAAAAAAUACACAAGAAGCAUGCAUUAAAUAUAAGAAAUAAUGAUAAUAAAUAAUAGUAAACUAUUGCGUGUUAGAUUUACAGUCUUUGUAGCGAAUGAAAGGAUAAUAGAAAUGGAGAGAAAGAGUGAGCGAAAUAUGAAAAGGAUGAAAGAAAAAGAAAGAGAGUGAACGAAAGCGAGAAAGUAUGUUAGAGAAAGUUUAAAGGGAUAGAAACUAAAAAUGGAAAGGGCGUGAAAGA